AAGAAUGUCUAUUGCUCUUCAAACAUGUGGAUGAUUAAUUAUCCUUCAAAUUGGUUGGAACAUUGAAAUAUGUGAAGUACUGUGAAUCUGUGGUUCUAGGUUGAGCAUUGGAUUUGCUUCAAGUAAAUAUUGAAUCGGUAGAGGGAGAACGAUCAUCUUGAGGACUACCUAAGAUGAGAACACAUUUAAAAGGAAAAGGGACUGCUAAGGUUAACACUCAAAAAGCAAUUUUUGAGCUGAAACAUAGGGUGGUUCUUGCACUGAACAAGCUCGCAGACCGGGAUACUUAUCAGAUUGGGGUUGAGGAGCUGGAGAAAAAUGCUGAAGGUUUAACACCAGAAGGGGUUGCUCCAUUUCUUUCAUGCAUCCUCGACACUGAAGCAGAGCAGAAAAGUGCUGUUCGCAAAGAAUGUAUAAGGAUCAUGGGUACCCUGGUGCAUCUUCAUGAGGGGCUUCUUGCACCACACCUUGGGAAGAUGGUUGCUAGCAUUGUUAAACGGCUUAAGGAUCCAGAUUCUGUUGUCAGGGAUGCGUGUGUGGAAACAGUUGGUGUCUUGGCUUUGAAAAUGUGCAACAGUGGUGGAGAAAGUGAUGGAGCUUUUGUUGUGCUGGUGAAGCCUCUUUUUGAAGCUUUGGGUGAACAAAAUAGGCAGGUGCAAUCUGGUUCAUCAUUGUGUCUGGCCAAGGUUAUUGAUAAUACAAAUGAACCUCCAGUUGCACUGCUGCUGCGUAUGUUGCCUCGAGUUAUUAAGUUGCUUAAAAAUCCCCACUUUAUUGCAAAACCAGCAGUCAUUGAAUUGAUCAGAAGUAUUAUUCAGGCAGGUGGAGCUGCAACACAAAAUGCUUUAUCUGAUGCUUUGACCAGCAUCCAAGAAGCUCUCAAAAGUAGUGACUGGACAGCACGCAAAUCUGCAUCUGUAACAUUGGGAGGAAUUGCUGUAAAUGGUGGUUCCUUGUUAGGGCCUUUCAAGGCUUCCUGCAUCUCGUCCCUUGAGUCCUGCCGUUUCGACAAGGUGAAACCAGUUAGAGAUUCAGUACUUCAGGCCCUGCAAUACUGGAAAAGUCUUCCUGGGCCUAUUUCUCCUGAACCUUCAGAAGCAGGAUCUUCUACAAAAGAAAAUUUCUGUGGAGUUGACAGUGAUCUUACUAGUGCAAGUGAUAGUGGGUGGAAAAAUAUUGGUCUCAAGAAAGUUGGCACCAGUUCACUGAAGAAGAGGAUUCCUCUAACUGUCCAAAAAACAUGUCCAAAUCAUGUGGAAAAACCUAAACAAUCCAAGGCAAAUGAUUGGAGUAUUGAUAUUUCAGUUCCGAAAACCCAGAGUGUUUCUUUACUUGAUGCACACAAUGAAGAAUCUGAGGGUAGUAGUGUCACUAAGACUUUUGAAAGAACAGACAGGAAUGCAACAAGAAUGGGGGAUAUUGAAUAUGAUUAUAUGUCAGUAGAUGAAAAACCAGAAUGUUCAUCUGUGUCGAAUCUCGUCACUGACAACCUUGAGACUAAGUGUGUGACAGUUGCUAAUAAUGGUCUUGAGGAAGGUGGUUUGAUUAAUUCAGUGAGGAUGAAUCAAAUGCCUGUAGUUGAAGCGAAUCACAUGCAACAUAUAACUUAUUCAGAAAGGAUGCAAGAACGCAGAAGUCUGGAUUCUACAGUUACAGAACUGAGCUUGAGGAGUGUACAUGGGGGUUGUUCACAAAGAGCAGAUGAGAUGUCCUUCAUAAGAAAGCAACUUUUGGAGAUUGAAAACAAACAGUCAAACCUAAUGGAUAUAUUACAGGAGUUUAUGGGGAGGACACUGGGUAGCUUGUCUAUGUUGCAGUCAAAGGUGCUUGGUCUUGAAGAUGCUGUUGAUAAAGUAGCUCAAGAUUUUCAUAGGUUGAGCUAUACUAACAUGGCAACCUCCAAGAUCUUGAAAAAGAGCCAAAGUGUCUCGUCUUCUCCUAGGCUCUCUGCCUGCAGUCCUAGGCCAUCAGUUGAUAUCAAUAAUAGACAAUCUUCUCAAUUGUCUACAAGAAGCAGAGAAGUUUGGGAGGACGCUGCAUUUGGCAAGGGCAGAUCUAGCACUGUAGAGAUGUGGAGGGAUCCUAGAAUGAACAUGUUUAGAAAACUGACUGCGAAGGGUGUUCAACAGAGCUUUGGCCAUGCACCCCAAAGCUGUCAAACAAGGAAAAAUGAAGGUUUACAUUCUGCUUUGGCUGGUAAAGUUGAUGCCAGCCAAAAUAGUGUAGAAAGUAAAUGCAGCUUGUGGAAACAUGUGAAAGAUUUUCUGCUUGUAGGGGACCUAGAUUCAGCAUUCGUGGAGGUUCUCUGUUCGGGUGAUGAUCUUGUUCUAAUUGAGCUUCUGGACAGAACUGGUCCUAUUUUGGAGAGUUUGUCUCACGAGACAAUCAGUGAAAUUCUAAGCACUUUUGCAUCACUGUUCCUUGAUCAAAGAUUUCUGGACUCCAUUAUCCCCUGGUUACAGCAGGUUGUGGACUUGAGCACUACCCGAGGACCAGAUUGCCUUGGUCUGUCUUUGAAAGCGAAGCGGGAAUUUCUGUCUGCAUUACAAGAAGCAGCAGCCAUGGAUUUCCUCAAUCCAGCAGAGAGGAGAUCAAUUACACAGUAUGCAUUGAAGUUACGGCAAAUUUGGUGCGACCCAAAGUGUUGGAGGGGGCUGGAUGCAAGGCGACACCAACAAGGCGGCUAGGCAACCAAGAUGCAUGGAUGC